GUUUUCGUUUCGUCAAUAAUAAUUUUGCAAUAAACCCUAUUUACCAUAAAAGGGCGUAAUCGUGCUGAAAAUGACCGUAACGGAGUCCUCAGAACACGACGGUGAGAAGGACGAAAAUAGCGCCGCAACGGCCAACGAAGACGAAAAAAAUAACAUAACCUCUUACAUCCAAGAAGUCGAAGAGAGACUCCACUCAAAACAUGAGCUGCGAACCGCGAACCAGAAUGCCCCAAACACCCGACCCAGCGAGUCCCACUUCAGCAAGCUGGACUCCAGCCUCAAGAAAAACACUGCCUUUGUUAAAAAAAUUAAAAACUUUACCGCAAACCAGGUCGAAGCUUACUUGAAAGAUAUGGCAGGUUUGAAUCUGUCUAAGUACAUAUCAGAAAUAGCGGCGGCGAUUGUGGACGCUAAGCUGAAGAUGACGGAUGUCGCGGCGGCUUUGAAGAUGUGCAGUAUUUUGCAUCAAACGUAUGCUGAUUUUUCACAGCAUUUGUUCGAGAACUGGCAGAAAACGUUGGCUUUUAAGGUAGGGGAGAAGAUUCCGAACCCUAGUAAAUUAAGGGUGGAUUUGCGGUUUUACGCCGAGUUGGUGCAAGCGGGGUUGUUUAGUAAUAAAAACGCCUUUACGUUGUUGGGGAAUGUAAUCACGACUUUGGUGAAUAUGGAUAAGGAUGAACACUACAACUGCUCAAUAAUAUUAAGUUUUUGUAAGCACUGUGGCGAAGAUUACGCAGGUCUUAUUCCGCGGAAAAUGCGCGAAUUGUCUGAAAAAUUCGCAACCCCCAUCCCCAAAAGCACGUUUUUACCCCCUGAAAAACAACAAAACGUGCGAACUCUGCUCAAGGACUAUUACGUGUCUCUGAGUAAACACCUCGUUAAAGACCACCAAGAAAUCCAAAACUUUGAAAAGCAGAACAUGAGAAUACUUCAGACCAAAGGGGAGUUGAGUCAAGAGAGAAAAGAGAAGCUGGAGUCACUGCAGUCUGCCUAUGAAAAACUGUAUACUUCUACGCAAAGUUUUGCGGAAAUUUUAGAUGAGGAUAUGCCAACUUUGAAAAGUCAAACUAUCCUGAAAAGUGACGAGAGCAUGAUUGUCACAGGGGCAGGGCCGGAUUUAGAUGAGAAUGCGUUGGCUAAUAUUGAAAAUGUUUGGUGCGAUAUUGAGACGCAGCGGUUUUAUUGUGAAUUGCCGGAGCUGCAGGCUUUUCUUCCUACUUCUUUUAUUAAUAAGCAAGCGCCGCCACCGGCGGAAUCUGUAACUGAGGAGGUUUUAGAUUCAGAAAUUCCUACUGAGGAGCUGGAGGAUGAUGAACAAAUCGACGAGGCCCCCGUCCCCGCCGAAGACGACGCCGAGGACGCCGCCACCACCAACGCCAGCAACAAGAUCGUCCUCGAGGCCUUCCUCAACAACCUCCCCAACUGCGUGAACCGCGAGAUGAUCGACAACGCCGCCAUCGACUUCCUCGUCACCCUCAACAACAAGCACAACCGCAAGAAGCUCGUGCGCGCCCUCUUCGGCGUGAACCGCACCCGCCUCGACCUCCUGCCCUUCUACGCCCGCUUCGUCGCCAUCCUCCGUCCCGCGCUUCCGGAGGUCGGCAACGAGCUCUGCCAGAUGCUCCGCCAGGACUUCAAGUACCACGUGCGCAAGAAGGACCAGAUCAACAUCGAGUCGAAGAUCAAGGUCGUGCGCUUCAUCGGCGAGCUGGUGAAGUUCAAGCUGUACUCGAAGAUCGAGGCGCUGUACUGCUUGAAGGUGCUGUUGUACGACUUCUCGCACCACCAUAUCGAGAUGGCGUGCAAUUUGCUGGAGGUUUGCGGGCGGUUCUUGUAUUGCAGCCCGGACUCGCACCAGAGGACGAGAGUGUACUUGGAGCAGAUGAUGCGGAAGAAGGCGGUGAUGGCGCUGGAUUCGAGGUACGUUACGCAGAUCGAGAAUGCGUAUUAUUAUGUGAAUCCGCCGGAUGUGACGAUCACGAAGAAGGAGAGGCCGGUGAUGCACCAGUUUAUAAGGAAGUUGCUGUUUCAAGAUUUGCAGAAGAAUAACACUGAUAAGAUUAUGAGGUUGAUUAGGAAGCUGGAUUGGAGCAACGAGGAGGUGUCGUCGUAUGCUAUCAAGUGUCUGAGUAGUGCUCAUAACGUCAAGUAUUUCAACAUAAGAUGCCUUGCGAACUUACUCGCCGGUUUAGUAACCUACCAAGAAGAAGUGGGAACACGAGUAGUGGACAGCGUCCUAGAAGACAUCCGUCUCGGCAUGGAAGUCAACCUUCCUAAAUUCAACCAAAGACGCGUGGCUCAAGUCAAAUACUUAGGUGAAUUAUACAACUACAGAAUGGUCGAGAGUGCCGACAUUUUUAAAGUGCUUUACUCACUUAUAACCUUUGGAGUUUCAAUGGACCCAAACGUACCAUCACCACUGGAUCCGCCCAACCACCUUUUCCGAAUUAGACUGGCCUGCGUUCUACUUGAAACAUGCGGAACAUACUUCAGUAGUGGAAGUAGUAAAAGGAGACUUGACUACUAUUUGGUGUUUUUACAAGCUUACUAUUGGUUUAAGCGCGACUUGUGGAAAGACGCUUUUCCACCUACAUUGGAACACAUAUUUAAGGACACCCUCACGAGUCUAAGACCCAAAAUCAAACUGUGUCAGAGUUUCGAGGAAACGCAAACCGAGUUGAACAACAUCAGAGUGACAUUGGGGAUAGAUAAACUAACAGGCGAAUUAAGCGAAAAUAAAAUCGACGAAGACGGUCUGGAAACUAUUGCAGAAACCGACACCGAAGAACAGGGAGAAGACGAAGUGUCUGAAGGUGUGACCGCGCCAAUUACUGAUGAUACAGCGACGGAAGACGAAACUGUGGACCACACCCAAGGCUCCGACGACGAAGGUGAACCCGAGACUAGUGAAGCCGAACAAGAACAAGUAUCCGAGUCUUUAGCCAUCCCCAGCGGCCCCCGCAAAGUCGAGUGUCCCGAAGACGAAGAUUUCCGAAACGCCCUCGACAAGAUGGUCUCCGAGAACAUCCAAGAGCGCAUGCGCGAACCCGUAAAAGCCGGAAACGUCGACAUAUCGGUCCCCGUGGUCCUCAAAUCCAACAAAAAAACCUACGAACAACUCCAAGACACCCCCGAAACGGAGCGCAACAAAAUCGGAUUCGUUCUAAUGGUGCGGAAAGGCAACAAACUGCAAUACAAAAACUUCGAAGCUGAUAUUAACUCAGAACUUGCUCAAAACUUGAGAGACCAGGAGCUGGCGCAGAAGGAAGAGAAGGAGCGAGUGAAGCGCUUGACGCUGAAUAUAACCGAACGGUUCGAGGAGGAAGACUACCAGGAUAUGAUGCAGCAGCAGAACAGACCGGUCACCCAGAACUUGAACCGCGAGCGGAAAAAGUACCAACACCCCAAGGGGGCUCCAGAUGCAGACUUAAUUUUCGGUCCUAAAAGAGUUAGGUAAAAGGAGGAGAUAAUGUGAAGAGGUUACAAUGUUAAGGGCAAAGAAGUUCAGGAUGAUUUUUUCAGAAAUAGAUAAAUGGAAGUAUCUUUUAGCGAAUCAGUGAAGGAGAUGAAGGAACAAUGAAUAGGUUUUAUUUUGUUUCAUUCUACGCAACGCUGGUUUUAACUGUUAUUGAUUUGUGAAUUUGUUAAAUAAAAAUUUCGUUUUUGAUUGUUUAAUUAAA